AAAAAAAAAAAAAAAAAAAAACUGAUUCGAUUCCUCACCAUGGAAGCUGAAUCCCAAGAAACAUCUUUCUCUACUUCUUUCUCUACCCCUGUCACAGCCACAUUUUACAAUUCCUCUUCUUCAAAACGCCUCUAUCAUUCAAGAUCUUCUACCUUUUACCGUUCCGCAAGGCUCCUGGUGAUAUGCUGUAUAAUCACCUCAUUGUGGCAUCAGCAGUGGUCUUUAAAAACAUUCGUCCUUGGCCGUCCUACUUCUCGCAACUCCCCUCCAUUUUCUUCUCGUUAUGAUCCGGAUCAAUCACAUCUCAAAGGUCAAUUUCUCCAUAUCACCGAUAUUCAUCCAGAUGAGUUUUACAUCAAUGGGGGAACCAUUGCAUCCUCUUGCCAUAGGAAUGCAACGGAUGAUGAGAACAACGAUGGUUCACAUAUUUUUCGUCCCGGUCGUACGGAAGGUGGUGUCGGUGGUCUCUUUGGUUCUCCUUACUCGAUCUGCGACAGUCCUUUUUCCUUGACCAAUGCUACAUUUGAAUGGAUUGACAAAAACCUGCUUGAUGAGAUUGAUUUUGUAGUCUGGACCGGUGACAAUGCACGACAUGACUCUGAUAACGAGCGUCCCCGCACACAGAAGCAGAUUGAAGACAUGAAUAGAGAGAUCGCCAAUCGAUUUCUCGAAGUGUUUGCGCCCGAUAAAGACGACCCAUUUCAACAACGGAUCCCAAUUGUACCAUCAAUAGGCAAUAACGACGUAUACCCCCAUAACAUUAUGGAAGCAGGCCCUAACCGCAUCCUGCAGCAUUUUUCAGAGAUUUGGGCCGAAUUUAUCCCUGAAAGCCAAUAUCAUACGUUCCAACAUGGUGGAUACUACACGGCUGAAGUUGUCCCUGGCAAGAUUGCAGUGGUUGCGCUGAAUACAUUAUACUUUUUCAACCAGAACGCAGCUGUGGAUGGAUGUGACUCUGAUGACGAACCAGGCACGGAUCAAAUGGACUGGCUGGAGGUUGAGCUGGAAUCAAUGAGGAAAAGAGGAAUGACUGCAUAUCUUACAGGGCAUGUGCCACCUGCUCGCAAGUCGUAUUCGGACUCUUGCUUUAUUCGUUACACUGAUAUUGCACUGAGAUUUCAAGAUGUGAUUGUAGGACAUCUCUAUGGUCAUGCCAAUAUUGACCAUUUUUUCAUUCUUUCACAAGCCACUCUUAAAGGAAGUGAGUUUGAGCUCCCAUCUGAGGAGGAGAUUCCACACACUGAAGAGCCCGAAAAUAGCAAUACCGCAACUGUUGGAUUCAUGGGAAAGAACAAGAGUGUAUGUGGAGAUAAAUCCUUCGAGUACGAGUAUGACCAAUUUCACUACAUGGGACUAAGCUCAUACCUUCUGGAGCUGUGGGAGCAAUACGAGGAUAUCCCAAAAAAGAAAGUCAAACUAAGCGACUAUGCAAUCGUUCUCGUCUCACCAUCCGUAGUCCCAACCUACAACCCGAGCCUGCGUGUCUACAGCUAUCAGCUAGCUACCGAAAAAAGCCAAGAUGAGCUGCUGACUGUCUCGCCUAGCGAGGAAUUGGACGGGUCUCAAGCUGAAUCAUUCGAGGACGAAGCAGGGGAUUUAGACAAUGAAGUAGAGCAAGAAGAGGAAGAAGAAAGUUUGUGGAGCGGAUUUGUUGCUCAACGGUAUGGUCACAAUGUGGACAACAAUUACAAUAACGGCAAAAAGAAAAAGAAGAAGCCUAAAAAGCCCAAGAAGCCUAAAAGGCCACCAAACCCUCCAGCAGUCCCUCCUUCGGCGUUUGGGUUCCCUCUUCAUUACACACAAUACUGGGUAAACCUGACUCUGGCGAAUUUAGAAAAGAAACAGCCUGAGUAUGUUGUUGAGUAUCGGAGUAAAGAAGAUUGGGGGCUUCAGGAUUUAAGUGUCCCUGGGUGGUUGGCUCUAGCGAGGAAGGUCGUAACAGACGAUCGUGUGAAAGAGCAAUAUCUUGCCAGGAUGGUUGUCCUAACUGGUACAGAAAACGAUCAUUUUUAAGAAAGGGAAUACGGAGCAAAUGGUACUGUCAGCUUUGUUUAUAACUAAUAACUGAUGUGAUUAUUAGUGGAGUUCAAAAGAAAGAGGAGUGGGAAAAAUAUCCUUUGUAUGCAGCAUGCUGCAGUCAGCGAUGCUACUUUUUUUUCUCCAUGCUACAAUGCGAUGCGACAUGAGUAUUUAUUAAAUCAUUAUUGUUCUGAAGACUACGAAAAGAAUAAACAAACAAACUAAACAAACAAAUAAAUAAAGAACAAAAAAAAAACAGAGGCGUUUUACU